AUGAAGCUCAUCGCCACCCUCAUCGCCACCACCCUGGCACUCGCCGCCUCCGUGCAGGCCGCGGACUGCACCAUGGGCUUGAACUACUGUUCCGGGGUCCUGGACGACGUCGACCCUAGAUACAAUGCGAUCAUGCGAAACUUGAUCGUACAGAGGAACGGCCAGCACUGGUGGACUGGUAUCUCCGAUACUCCGGACGACUACUUGUACCACUGCGAGAGUGGUGGCCAAAUCACCAUCGUCCAGGAUUGCCAAUGGGGGUGUGUCAAUGCGGGGGCAGGCUCGAGUGAUUACUGCAGAUGGGCGUGA